AUGGCCACUUCGUGUCGCGUGCCAGGACAGAUUUUGAAAUGCCUUCAUCAAUGGCCUGUCCGUCCAACACCGCCAGCCAUAAUCCACAACGGAUGCCGCGCAUACUCGGAGGGAACCAAACCACCCAAUCUCGAGCCCCCCUCCCCAGCUACGUCGAAUGAUUCGAGUUCAAACCGAGAUGCAGGCAAAUCAGAACCAGGGCCCAUGGCCCGACGGUUGGAAGAGGCAACCGAGGAAGCUCUUCUCACAGGAGGACGGGCCGGGCGGCGAGCCAUCGAGGACGCCGGGUUUAGCGAAGAGCUUAAGCAGCGCCUGCUAGACAAGGUCGCCGACGCCAAGUUCCGCGAAGAGCAUGCCACCUCGCUGCGGGAGGCAGGGCUCACGAGCAAUAUACCUGAGGCAGCAGGCCGGGGCACCCGCGACGUCGCGACCGCGCAGCCGUGGACGGGCACAGAGACCGAGUCCGACGCCGUCCUGCGGAUGCUCAACGAUGCACACAAGCCUCUGAGGCCCGGGCUGCGGGGGAAGCCAAACAUGCCACAGCCCGGGAUUCCAGUGGACAUGCGGCUUAAGAAGCCGCCUGUGUUAACUCCCGGCAGGAAGGUGGCCAAUGCAAAGGAGGCUGCUUCUGUGUACGCCGGGAUGGCCGCAAAAGACAAGGACAAGGGCCUCAGCGACCAAGAGAGGGAGGCCAUGAAGAAGGAGCUGCGCGACCGCUUCACCCCGGCGGCGCGGGCGUUGCCAAACACCAUCUCUGGCCUCCAGUCUCUGGCGAACGAGAGAAUCGAGGAUGCGAUUGCAAGGGGCCAGUUCAAACACAUACCGCGCGGGAAAGGGGUAGAGCGCGAUGCGAGGGCCGACAACCCUUUUAUAGACACGACGGAAUACAUCAUGAACAAGAUGAUCAAGAAGCAAGACAUGGUGCCGCCGUGGAUAGAAAAGCAACAGGAACUCGUCAAGGCCGCGAACGUCUUCAGGGCCCGGCUGCGGAAUGACUGGAAGCGGCACGCCGCCAGGACGAUUGCGAGCCGCGGCGGCUCCCUAGAGCAGCAGAUGCGCGCCGCCGAGGAAUAUGCCCGUGCGGAGGAGGUCCACAACCCCCGUCGAAGGAACUCGGAUCAGGUGGCCGUGCCUACAAAUACGACAGACGACGUGGUCAUGGUGGCUAUGAGGCAAGAGGCGCUGCCAGUGUCCCCAUCCGAGGUCCCUUCCCCAUCCCCAGCUGUGACUUCUGAGCCAGAGAUCACACUGACCAGACCCUUCCGGGACCCCGCCUGGGAGGCCACCGAACGAUCGUACAUGGAGCUGGCCAUCAGCAACAUGAACACGCUCACACGGGCCUACAACCUGAUGGCGCCCGAGCUGGCGAAGAAGCCAUACUUCUCCCUGGAAAGGGAGCUCAAGGCCUGCUUCGCCGAUGUUGCGCCGCUGGUUGCCAACGAGAUCAAGGAGCGUGCCCGGGGUCCGUCCAGGCCUGUGCAGGGCCAGCUCGCGCCCCAGCCCGGCAGCCUGCUGGACCGCUUCGUGAUGGAGGGCAAGUCCAGCAAGGUCUACGACUCCCGAGCGCCUCACUACGGCUUCAAGCAGUUCUGGAAAGACCUCUGGCAGCGGUCUCCGUAA